UGGCCGCUAUAGUCAAAGGGCCAUUUUUGAAGUGUAGCAUUUACGCGAUCCUUUUAAGUAGUUUCGUUUAAAAUAAGGUUCAGGGCGUUGUGAUUCGUCCACAGCAACACUCGCAGGAACUCACUGGCUGGUGUUGAGAACCAAUGGAAUCUUCAGGCUGCCGAGCUUCAAGCUACUUGACGGAUCGAUGCUGGAUUAUACCGGUUGUAGCGGGUUGCGUAACAUUUGCAGCCUCAUUGCUUGAGUCCAGCAGGGGGUACCUGUACGUCCUCUACAUGGAGAAGUUCAACGCCGACCACGGAGCAGCGUCUUGGCCAGACAGCAUAUUGGUAGCCAGCGAGCAUCUGUCAGGGUUUGCAAUAACACUGCUGCAGAACAAGCUUUCCGUCUUCUCUAUCACGGUACUUUCCGUCGCUGCGUGUGGAGGUGGAGCCAUAGCAGGUGCCUUUUGUCCAAAUAUCACCUGGAUGACAGUUGCAGUUGGAGGACUAUACGGUUUCUUCCGGGACACCCUGGGAUCCUACGACAACCUCUACGCCGUGCUUGGUGCCGUAAAUCUCCUUGCUGCAGCGAUGGUGUCUACACUCGUUUACCGUGGCUGUGCUCACCAUAAAUUCAAAUGGAGGCUGUCCAAUUGAAACGGACCGCUGCGUUACAUUGGCGAAUCAUAAAGUACUGGCUAUAGCUCC